AUGUUCCCCAAAUUGUUCAAAUACAUCGACGGACAGAAUGAUGCAGCCAUGAAGAUCGACAUGACAGCCCCCGUGACCACGCUGGUCAUCCCCGGAGAAGGACCCAACUGCGAGAACAACUUCACCAUGAGCUUCUACGUCCCCGCCGCCCACCAAGACAACCCGCCCACGCCCACCAACCCUGACGUGUACAUCGAAGAGCGACCGGAACUGCACGUGUUCUCCAGGAGGUUCCACGGGUUCGCCAGCGACGAGGACUGGAUCGUCAACGCCGCGCAGCUUCACGACGACCUAGUGGCAGCUGGCGAGGUGGGCGUCGACUUCCAGACCUACUACACUGCUGGCUACGACUCUCCCUACGUUAUCAUCGGUCGCAACAACGAAGUCUGGUUCAUGAAGAAUGACAUGAAUUGAUCCUCACUUACUUUAAUGUCAACUUAUUUAUUAUUUAUUGGUAUUAUUAGAGAUAUGCAAACAUAAACAUACACUUACUGAA